GGAACACAAUUUGAGCUUCUAUGGUACCGCUCUGACAAAACAGCCUAUGCAGUCUUUCCCUGCAGCCGUUUUCUGACACCGAGCGGUGAGUAAUCGUGCCAAUGGGAAUUGACAUGCAAAUCUGCAGUGUUUUAGCUUAGCAUAUUCCGAUUAGCAUUAAUCAGGGUGACAGAAUUUCGACGUAGGGUAUGAGUUUGGUGUAGCUUGAAGGCUAGCUCACCUGUUUGUGUUGAUGUGAUGGAGAAUACCGAGGAGUCUUCGCCCCUUCGCAUCACUCCUACUGUCCAGGCGCUGAGCUCCGCUUUGCGGGGGAAACGAGAAAAUGUACCGGAUGCCAGCCGGGUAAAUGGCGACAGGAUUUUCCCUGAUCCAGAGAAGCUUUGGUUUAAGGAGAGCAGCGCUAAAAACCUGCGGAACAGGGACUUCUUAUCGCCGACCACGAUGCUGAACACGCUGUAUGCGGACGGACAGGUUAGUGUGUCUCACAGCUGCAGUGUUCGACGGAAUUUUAGAUGGCCCAAAAGGUCAUUUUUGCUGCCUAUUGAUUUCAAGACAAGACUUACUGAAAACUCUGAGAUGGUGAAACUGUCACUUGAUAUGAAAGCUGAUCACCAGCAGUAUUGCUGAUGAAAAAUAUUGUUUAUUAACUCGUCAAACUUACUACAUGAAGAACCCUGAAUUUUCCAUAAUCCCUGUCAGGUUUCCUCAGCUGUCAUGGUUUCCCUGAAUGUGAACCAUAGACUGCAUAUAGUGCGUUUGGGCAGUAAUACUUUUGACUGAAAGUGCUUCAACCAUUCCAAACGUGUCUUGUCCAAUAGGUGCUGCUGCUUCAGAGGGUCAGCUGAACCUCCUGACUGAAGAGCAGGUUUAAAUCCUACAAUGAUGAAUGAGCAGGAUGCCCAGUCUCGUGGAGAUGUGUGAAUUAAUGUCGUUAUUUGGGUUGUUUAGGUUUUUUCAGUGGCUGCUGCUCGGAGUCUACAUUAUCGAUCAGACACUAUCAGCCUGGAGCAGAGAUUAGUAACUCAUGAAUGGCAAUAUAGGUCAGACAGAAACACAAAGACAACAUAACGACUGGCCUCAAAGUCACGCUCUGUAACAGCCUGUAUCUAAAAGUUAAAGUUAGAUCUAAAGGGAACAUCUGCUCGUGUUCGUGCAUUCUUGCAGGAGGAUGCUGCUGUUAUUAAGCUGGUAGUACACUUCAUCAUUUUGCUGCUUGUGUGACAAGUGAGUUUUGUUUUUUUUUACAGCAGACUUCAACACCUGAUAUCUUUCCAAUGGCAGAAUAGGUAUUUUAAAUUGAUUGCUAAGCACAGAUGCACAUGUUAACAGAUGAGCAUAAGGCUAAAAAACAUAAAGCUCUGUGUAGUUGUAGUUUAUAAGUCUUAUCAAACACUGGUGGAAAAUAAAAAAAAAAGUCACUUCAGCUAAUGGAAAAAAAUAUCUCGUAAAAAGCAAUAAAACAAUCAUCUUAAACCAAUAUAACACAAGAGAAGAAGAACCUUAAGGAUCCCCAAAAUGGAAUUUAAUAAUCUAGGACUUUGUUGUAUGUAAUUACUUGAAAUUCAGUGUUUCAUUAUGUCUUUACCUCCUUAAACACAAAUAUCAUUUAUACAUGUAUCUGCCCCCUGACUUAUUGUUGUUUUUACCACCUAGGUCCCUCCAGCAGUGAUGUCCAGAGUCCUGUCUCUCCACGGCUGUGGGGUUCUCCCUGUUGCUGGUGGGGAGGUAAUGGGUGAGGGGUUGAGGGUACGAGUGGACCGCCCUGCAGCCUUCGGGUCAGUCCUAGCAGGUGGAGCCACUGAGUACCUGAAGCCGUCGAGUCAGAAGCAAGGGUGUGUGGUGAUCAAUUGUCCAGCUCUGCACCCAAAACCGAACACACUCACUCCUGAAACCCUGACACUGGGCCAGCUGAGGACUGUUCUGUUGGCAGACCACAUGGGGGCACUGUUGAGAAGACAGGGGUGAGUCUGAUGGUUGAUUCAAGCAUGAAAAGCACUCUUUAGGUGCAACCACUUAUUAAAAUGUUGGCUGUCUUUCUCAGAUUUGCAGUGUCCUAUUGCCCCACAAUUCCUGAAGACACAAAUAUCAUCACAUUUCUAAGAGCUCUGGGCAUCAAUUGGCCUGUAGCCCAAGCCAACUGGACCAACAAGGAGCUAGAGGAAAAGAUUCAGGCAGCACUGGAAAACUCCUCUUACAGACAAAGGGAAACAGAGAGAGGCAGGAGAACAAGUGGAGGAGGGAGAAAGGUGGAGGAGGAAAAUGAGGGUGCACUCAGGGUCAACCUAAAACAAGCAUUUCAGGAGGAAGGUCUGCUUGGAUAUGACCCCAGUCUUGGUACAUGUACAGGUAAGACUGCAAAGGGGAUAUUAAAAGUUCAAUAAUGACAUUAUUGUCCAUUUCUGCUGGAAGGAUGCUGAUCAACUCGCCCUUUUAAUGACAAUCUGAUCUGCUGGAGAAAACGGCAAACUUCUAAGAACACGUUUGGAAAAACAAACAGGCUUACUGGUUGCAAGGUUAAGUGUUGAAAACCUUCUUCGUGGAGCAUACACUCAAACCAAGAUGAGUGCUUGGGUUGGAGUCUGUUAAAAUUGGCUAAACUGUGCUGCAGAGUGGACCCAUUGUAAAUUGUAUACUUGUUUGUGAUAUUUCUUGACCUGGCCAAUAACCUCCCGCUUCUCCUCUUUUGUGCGGCUAAAGCAACCAGUUAAGACUCAAGGAAGCCGCUGGUGUCCCAGAAAAAGCCACAGUAUGUAUUUUAGAACUUAGAUGGUGGCAUAUCAUUUGUUUGACACAAGUUUUAAACAAUACAAAUAUAGAUAAGAAGCUUUAAAGGUGCUGGUAGGAAGAUUUGUAACCGGGAAGAAGACUCAACACUGAGUGUAACUAGGCUUAUCGAAUCAUGCCUUUAUUUUUGGAGGUACCCUGUUCAAUGAAGAUGAGAUGAGAGAUUCUUGAUUUUCUAUAUGGGGCAUUAGUGGUGUGCCAUAUCAUACCGUGUACGUGUACUUUUUUUGAUGAUUUGUCAUAUCGUGGUAUUUACACUGUAGGGGUGCGAUGAUUCAUAACGCUCCCUACUGCAUACACAACAACAAUGUCAGAGAGCGAGAGCAGCACAGCAGCGUCAACCUCGUCCUCAAAUGAGGAUCAAGUGCCAAAAACAGGAGCUACCUCUGUUGUGUGGAUGUGGUUUGGCUAAUACAGCUAAGGAUAAAACACAGUUAAAUAUCAGCAGCUCUUUGAAGGCAUAUGAUGGGGACGUGAAAGCAGCUACUGGUCUUCAAGGUAAAAGUAAACAAACGGCUUAACAGAGCAUUGCAGGAGCACUCACUACACUCCAUACCAUUUAAAAAAAAAACAGACGGUGGCAGGACAUUACUGAAGCGGUCAUGUAUUGUUAGACCAAGGACAUGAAGCAAACUCAGGCUUUCGGAAAGAAAUGCUUUGAACACUUCAGAAAAAAUUGCUUGUACGACAGACGUAGUCAAACCAAACCUCAGAUUCCUAUAUCAGCCUGACGGUCCAUUUCACAGGCUACAACUGGAUGCAGCACAACUCCUGUCUUAAAACCAGCUACCUUCCCAAGGAUCACAUAGGGAAAAAUAUUGCAAAUGGAUCAAGGGAGUUUCUUGAGGACAUAUUUAGAAAUAAAAAACACGGGGAAAAAAUUGUUUUGGGGGGUUAUUAACUUCUAUCCUGUUUAUGUAUGGCAAAUGUGUGAAUUUAUUUUCAUAAUUAAACCCCUUUUUGACACCAGUAAAAAAAAUGCUGUUGUUUAGAAGCAGCAGUUACUAAUAACAUGUUCUGUAAUUUUUUCCAUGUCGUCAUAAAUAACGUUAUCGCAAAUUGUCCCAAAAUAUCAUGAUAACCUUUUGAGACUAUAUUACCCACCACUACAGGGUAUGAGACCUUUUGCAAUAGAAUUACACACAGCUGUAGUCCAAGAAUAAGUGUCCACUAGUGUUUCAGUGAGCACUGGGCAUAUGCCAGAAAACCGUCUUUGUGGACAGCAAAAGAGGCAGAACUGUCCACCACGAUGGAUUCCCCUGACCCGCAGGCAAUCAUCUGAUAACAAUAUUGCUUUGAUUGAUGUCAGUAAACAAACACUUACUUGUAAGAGAAACCAACAGUUUCUUUUUACUCCCAAAGGCUGUAAUGUGGUCAGACUGUAGCUGACAGGUUCUGGGAGUGUGAAUGUGUCUCACAAACAGGAAAAUCGUCUGUGAGUUCAAAUAGAUACAGUACAGGCCAAAAGUUUGGACACACCUUCUCAUUCAAUGCAUUUUUUUUAUUCCCAUUAACAUUUAAAUUGUAGAUUCUCAGUGAAGGCAUCAAAACUAUGAACACAUGUGGAAUCAUGUGCUUAAGAAAAAAGUGCGAAAGAACUGAAAACGUAUUUUAUAUUUUAUAUUCCUCAAAGUAAUCACCCUUUACUUUUUUGAUAGCGCUGCAAACUUUAGCUGUUCUCUCAAUGAGCUUCAUGAGGUAGUCACCUGAAAUGGUUUUUACUUCACAGGUGUGCCUUGUCAGGGUUACUUUGUGACUGACAGAGUCAGUCACUAAGUACUUCUGUCAUCAAGAGCAAAGGGUGGCUAUCUUAAAGAAACUAGAAUAUAAAACACGUUUUCAGUUAUUUCACACUUUUUUUAUGAGUACAAAAUUCCACAUGUGUUCAUUCAUGCCUUCAUUGAUAAUCUACAAUGUAAAUAGUCAUACAAAAAAAAUAAAGAAAAGACAUUGAAUGAGAAGGUGUGUCUAAACCUUUGACCUGUACUGUAUAUUGAGCUAGUUUUCUUCCCUUUGUUAUAAACUAAUGAUAACUUUACUUUAGCACUGAGUAUGCUGGUAUCACAUUGUUAUUUUGUCUCAGUACACAGAGAGAGUGUUUCCCACCUGGCGCAACUGGACCUAGCAACAGCCAACUGCACUGUAAGACACACAAACCCACAUUCAUCCUUUAUAAACACACACUGUAAUGACAACUAAAGCAUUGAUUCUCUUCAUUUUCUCUGCUUUCUUCAUAGGUACCCAUGGCAACUGUCUUACAUGUUACUUCCUGUCAGGAUGAGUUCCGUCAGCAGCAGAUAGCAGUACUGUGGAGAGCAAGUGGAGCCACGCACACACAGGUAUGCCCCUCCCCCUACACACACAAAUUAACACGAUCAUAUGUUGUAUUGUGUUGCUAUUUUUAUCUGCUCUGCCCUCCUCUGUUCCUGUAGAGACAUCUGGUGUGUGGGCCUGUGAAGACUCCUGGAUGUCAGCUCACUGCUGCUCAGUACCUGCAGUAAGGCACAGCACUUAUUUCUCUCUUAAUGGUUUUGUCCCCCCUCCUUUGAUUUCUCACAGUCCUUUCCUUGUUUUUAAAUUCUCUACAUUUCUACCUCCCUGUCAUUUCUUGUCUCUUUUUUCUCAUCCUCAUCUCCUCCUCCUUUUGCCCUUUGCAGCUGUAUGUCAGACAGAUGUUAGUUAUCACUAGAUUCUCGCACAGUAAUCUUAUCUGCACAGUUGAAUGCAGUUUUAAUUUAACUAAAUUGAAGUAAAACUGCUUGGCGUUGAUGCUGCUUUGCCUCACCGUGUAUUUUUAGCCCUGCUGUCUGUGUAAAUGAAACUUCUCCUGUUUCUUUCCUCCUCCUUCUCCUACAGGCUGAGAAGAGGUCAGAUGAAGGAGGCGUCAGAGAUGAAGUAUGGAGACCAAGUAGAAGGUCGGUGUGUGUAUGCUUGUAUGUAUGUGUGUGCACAGGCUGCAGUGUUUGUAUUUGUGCACAUGCGUCCUUUAAUUUCCAUGAUUCUAACUUGUGAACACCAGAUGAAUUUAAUUAAGUAGAUUUUAAAAAAUGACUGACUCCCUGAUGUCUUCUCCUAGGUCAGACAUGGGAUGACAUCAUCAGGGUCAUGACCUCUGCCACUGUCAGAUUUGAGCUGCUGUCUACAGUCCACACCAGUCCUGUGAGUUAACAUUAUAGACUUUUGUUUCCACCAUAGACCUUGUAAAAAGAUAAACAACAUGACUGCUAACCAAAACUGAGGCCAAAAAUUGAAGCUCCCCCUACUGGCUGCCUGCAGUAGUAAGGCUGCCCCCUUACACAUCAAAUAUUCACAAUAAAUAAUAAAUAAUUAAUUUGACUGUCAGAAGUCAGCUGGAUGUUUGUACAGGACAAGAUAAGCAAAGACAGCCAUGUCCACAGGGGAUGCCAACAUUGACACAAAUAGAAAGUAUCUCACUGGUGCUUUAAGUCCAGGUAUUGAAUUUUAUUAAGAUUUGUGUUAUGUUAUUUGAUACAAAGGGUAUAAAGGGUGUAACGCCAUGAUUGACAGCACUAUUGACAGAUGAAGCCAUCUGUGCAUGAGAUUGGCAAAGGAAAAAAGGCAAAAGAAAAUGCUUCAAACACUGACACAAGAGUCAUCAAACUUCCUGUUAUCACUAUGUUUGCCUUGAACUGCGUCAACAUGAGAAAUCUUUGCCAUUUAAAAGUCUUUUGAUAGGCUGAGGACAGAACCUCAGUACCCCCACUCCAUCAGUCAAUCUCUUCAGUGCAGACUAGUUACAGACUGCAUCACCUGUAUAUUAUGCUAGCAUCCAUCUCAGGGGUUAUUUAGAUUAGAGAUUAGAUUAGAUUAUAUUAGAUACAACUUUAUUUAUCCUUAGGAAAUAAAAAAAUAAAUUUGUGGUGUAUCACAGUUUGUUGUUUCAUCUAUUUGUUCCAGUCAUACUGAAUAACCGUCUGUCUGUCUCUUUAGGUGACACUAGACGUCCAGAGAGAAGGAGGUGUGUCCACCAAAGGGCCUAGAGGAGGAGUGUUUGUCAUGUACAACUGUGCCAGACUGCAUACUCUGUUCGACAGCUAUGAGAGAGGAGUGGAAAAGGGUGAGCUUUGAACUUGCAUUCACGUUUUAGUCCUCAGACAAACAACAAAUAACUCAGACAGCUGUGGCCUGACUAUGACCGCAGAGUGGAAGAAAAACUAAAUAAAGUGCAAGAAAAAUCCAUAUCUCAUUUAAAAAGAAGUAAAGACAACCACUGGAGGAGUGUUGAGAAGUUUACCAGAAGUGUGCUGACAUACUCAGAGGACUGACAGCCUGAGCCAAUUGCUCUUGUAUACGUGCCUUUAUUGUCAACUGAAAAAUCAACAAAGAAGGUUAAAUAUGUUCGUCUUGUCUACAGAUACAAAAUGAUGAUCAUUACUUUUUGAAUUGUAACUUGACUGUUCAUGAUAGGGUACAACCAAGGCUAUACUGAUCUGUCACUAUUCAAAUAACUGACCAAACUCUACCUUUUGAGAGCUGCUUUAAUUGUUGCUUUUAAUCUUUGUUUUAAUAUUUUGUUCUUGUUUUCCACCUUGUUAAUUUGAUUUGAUUUGUUUAUGAGUGUUAUAAAAAUGCAGUAUUGAUUAUUGUUAAAAGACGUUCAGUCAGACAACAUUGGUUUCAAAGGUUUGAAAUGUUAAUUGUCAUAAAAUAUUAUGUUAGGCUAUGAUUGUAUCACCUCUUUAAACCUUUUGACAUGCAGGUACUGAGAAGGGUUGAAAUAAUGUUUCCAACUCCACAACCCUGCAGGGAGAUUCUGGAAAGUUUGAGUGCAGCACUUAUACAGGGCAGUGGUCAUAACAACAGAAAUUCACCGGAUAUCAGUCAGUUGACAUAAAUGCUGUGACUCUCUGAGAUUAACCAGGUUUCUCUUGGCAUUGUUCUGGAAAUGUAAUGGUAAAAAAUAAAGAAAGAACUUAAACCCAAGUUAUAAUGAAGGGCAAACUUUUUGCAUUCUUAAGAAGACCUUUUCUUUUGGUCUGAUUGUUGGAUUCAGCCAGGAGUAUGAGGUCAAAGAUCCUUAUGUUUCAAAUGUUUACUAAAGCAUGUUUAUGUAUGUUUUCCAUGUUUACAGUUUUCACACAUUUCUCUGCAGGUUUAUACCCAGAAAUCCCUGAAAGCUCCCAGCUCGACUUCUCUGCUCUUAAAGAAGAGGUACCAUGUUAUCGUCUCUACUAACUUUUAUUCUCUCACUGCUCUCGGUUAUUUUUCUUCCUCUCCCCUGAAUUUAGACAUUACAGUGUCUUAUUCCAUCAAUAUAAAAUUGUUAAUCUAAAGUGCUGUCUCUCUUUGACUGACAGGGGGAGUGGCUUCUCCUAUUCAAUUAUCUCAUCCCAUUUUCUGAGCUGCUGGACCAAUCAGGACAAGCGUUGGACUUUGAAGGGGGAGGAGCCCGGGUUAAUAUUAAGACUGAGCAGGUCAGUUUAAAUGAGAUAAGAAUAUUAUGAAAACCAAGGGAUGAGAUUUUUAUCUGUCACGUGUUUGUGUUUUGCAGAUAUGUAAAUUUCUUGUGUCACUCAGCAAAGACUUCAGCUCGUACUACAACAGAGUCCACGUGCUGGGGGUGAGGAUGAGUUCACUCUUUAUUUAAAUAUUUGUUCAAAGAAAAUCUUGCAAUCUUGUCUUGAACCACCAGUGUUGUCAACUUUGCAACUUUUCAGGCCCCCCUAGCGACUUAUUUUCAAAAAAUGCCUAGCGACAAAUCUAGCGACUUUUUCUGGAGUUUGGAGACUCUGUGACUUCUAGUGACUUCUACGACAGCCACUAGUGACUUUCCUUACUUAGGAGUUGGCAACACUCAAAACUACUCAUUAACUCCUCAAAUGACAUUUUACUAAAAAGAAAACGAAUUUAAAGCUCCUAAGAGGAGAUUUAAAGGUUUAUGAAAUAGAUGGAAAUUCAUAUUAAUGCUUUUUUGGGAAACAAGGUAAAACAAGACCAUCAAUGUCAAGACUGACAACUUUUAUUUUGUAAUUUUUACUGCUUGAAACUGGUGGGACUUAACCUUUCUCCUGCGUCAGGGCCUGCACCGACCUGUUUUUGGUUUUAAAUGCAUAAAAGAACCACAUCAUUUAGGUUUUUUUUUUUUGCAUCAAGACUUAUUGACUUGCUCAGGAACCUCUUUUUCAACAAAAUAAAAAAUAGCAACUAUAAUAAUUUACUAAAUUAUGAAAUGCCUUGGUUGAAAUUAUGGCACUUGUCUUGUCUCCCAACCAUGUGAGAUUAAGGGGAUUCUCAAUUUCCCUUGUUUUCCCCUGCACUAAAACAAGAUGUCCAGACAUGUGAGAUCAAUUCAGUAUAAAUGUGUGAGGGGUACACCGACAUAGAAUAGCCCGGAGCCCCACAAAAAAAAAUAUUAAAGCAAUAUUUUCAUGGAUAAUGAAGCCUGACAAGGUAACCUAGAGAUGAGAACCAAAUUGGAAUGAUAGAUAAUUGUUUGUAGUGUAAUUUGUAAUUUAAGACACGGGUUGGAACCGACCCGUUAACAUGGUGGGUGUGUAGUGAAAGCUAACGCAGGAGGUAGGUUAAAUAUUCACAAUAAAUAAAACAUUUGACUGUCGCAGUCAGCAGGAUGAGACACUCUCAUAAGCAAAUACUGCUUUGUCCUCAGGGGGUGCCAAAAUUGACAAAAAUGAAAGUUCCUCACAGGAGCCAUGUGCCCCAUCUUGACAAAUGACUUGACAAAACGUCAUUCAUGAUGCCGUUUAAAGUUUCUUUCCCCUCCCUUUCCAGGAGCCGCUGCCUCAUCUCUUCAACCAGAUGUUUUGUCGUCUCUAUCUGUUGAGAGCGUUGAGAGAGCUCUACCACAGCGCUCUGGACACCCUCAACCUCCCCCCCAUCAGGCAGCUAUAGCCUGCCAUCUAGCCUGUGAACACCCACCCACUCACUUUACUCAAACACACACUCUGUAUGUUUUGUACACGUAACCUCACCUUGCACACACUCAUUUUAGAGUUAAAAAUUCUCAGUUAAGACACACUGUCAGUUUUCCCUCUAUGUGUUAGCGCAGUCUGGGACUGUUAUGAGGUUAUGUUCCACCCAGAGCUUAUCGUUGCUCAAUACUGUGGCUGGACAACCUCUGAAAAUGAUAAUAUUUAAAAGAGCCUUUUGCCAAGAAUCAUACAGAAACAGGACUAUAGAUAUCUGCAAAGUAGGUUCUUUCCAUUUGCAGCAUUUUAACAGCAAAUCAGAACACCCUUGCUGACAAAUAUAAGAUGUUUUUGAUGAAGUUCUUUGUCUACUCCAGUCAUCAGAAAAAGAAACCAUAAAUGACUAAUUACACUUUUGAUCCCUCAUGAAGUCAACCCUGCCAGACUCUCACUAUCUAAGGCUGUGGUGAUAAAAUCCUGUUAGUCAUCCAAACAUCUCGUUCAGGUCAAAUCAGAUUCACUUUUUGAAUUGUGUAACUAUUUGUAACAGUGCUCACUUACUAAUGAUCACAGACAGGUUCCAGUCUUUGAACACAAAGGAAAUCUUUUAGCCACUGCCAGAUUUGUUUUAUAUUUCAACAGGUCUUGAGCCACAGUUUCAUUUCCUGUAAGUUACCCACAAUGUAUUUAUCGGUGCCAUACAAAUAUUUAUUGCAUUAAAAACAAGAUGUGUACAGAAUAUAUAUAUGCUGCAUAUGAGUCUUAAGUGCUGUGUUCAUGUAUUAUUCUGAGUGCUCUGGCUAGUCCGUUAUCCUGCUUGACAAAUCAUAAACUCUUCCACUCCAACAACACGUCGCAGUUGUAACACACUUAAGUCCAUAUGUUAUUGACAGAACCCACACAUCAGCAGUAUUUAGGGCGCCAUGAAGUAAGGAUAUGCAUGAUAUGGCAUGAAUAUAAUAUAUGAUGAGAGUUAAAUGCCAAAAAUGUUAUUUAUGAAAUUUGGUAGCUGCAAGAUUUUGACCUAAAUCUGAUCCUUCAGUAUUAUUUAAGUGUGAAAUGUGUUCAGUAAGCUGUUGUCUGUCCAAACAUUCUAUAGCUUCUUUUCAACCCCCUGUAGAAAAGUCUUAAGAACACAACUCUUUAUGCAUGAACUGUUGUUUGAGCCUUUUUUGUCUUUAAUACAUGUUAACUUUUUUUACAACAUGGAGAUUUCUUUGAAGUCUUGUCACCUGCAGAUAUUACCACUGUCACAGACUGAAAGAUUCAAUGAGGGACUCUUAUGUUUUCCUUCCAUAUACACUUCUCUGCUUUGCUGUAUGUAAACAGUUGUGCUCUAUAUAACACAUACAAUGUGCUUUCUUGGUGUGUAUCUCUUCUGCCAACCCUCAGGCCUCUACAUCUCUGACCUUCUCCUUCCAUCACUCCUUAUCUCCUGCUUCUGACCACAACUUAAAUCUCCUGCUUCAUUCAGCUCAUCUGACAUUACUUUAGAGUCACUGGGUUUGGAAAAUCCUUAUAUAGGCAUCCUCAGCAAAAAGUGUAAAACCAGAUCAGAUGACACCAAUCUGUAGUAUUUUUAGCACAGUAAAGUAAAAGCAGAGAGACAAAAAUAAAGGACCUGAAAGAAUAGAUUUGAGCUAAUUCAUGUAAAUCUCUUCAGUGUGUUCCCUUUUUGUGAAUGUAAAGUAUGGUCAGUCUUUACACAAACACACACACCUGCCUGUUCACAGUUUCUGUGUGUCUCCUGUCUGCAGAAAUAAAAUAACCAUGACAGCCUCUCCUGUUA